AUGUCUUCAAUUGGUAGCCUCGCCUCUAAUCCCUCGAGACACACACAUGUCACUACAGCCGAGAUCUUUCCAGCGGUGGAAGAUCUGUUCGAGUGGAACCAGAGUAUCCUAGAUCUAUGCUCACAAUUAUAUCUGAAGUCAGCAGAAGAUCAUAGUAGCAAAGAGAUGUCUUUAUCCUGGAUUGUGAAGGUUUUGCACAGUGACCAAUUGAAAGCAGUCUUGUGGUACAUUACCAUACUGGUAGAGGAAGCUACUAAAAUCAAAUCUUCAGCUCCAGAAAUCUGGAGCAUUGAUCAAAGUGUCGCAGCUGAAUUAUGUGAUAUCGACUUGCUACUACGUACCGCUCUAGAGCCCCCUCUGAGAGGCAAUGAUGGACCUCCUGGUUCGCCAGUCGUGUUCGAAUGCUUUCGAGUUCCAGAUCGAGAAGACGUCAGCAGAAAGACAACUCUUAAAGCCAUAAUUUCACUGCUCCUAGACUGCCUGGACUUCGACCAAUUUUGUUCUCCAGCUUUUGAUAUGUUCGAGGACCUACUAGAUCGCUUCCCUGGAUUCUAUGAUUCGAGUCAUCUUAGAUCAAUAGCAGCAAAGAUUGAUUCGCCAGCCGGCCGUCGCCUCAUCCUACAAUUGCAAGAAGGUCAGGAGAGCGAUGAAGCCACUGCACUCGUCGGACUGCUAAUUGCCUAUUCUGAUGUCUCCAUUCAGGAUAUUGUUCGAGCUCAACACAGUCAUGAUAAGGGGGUGAAGGAGUCCUUGCUCGAGGUUAUGAGAUGCCCUGGCUACCUUGGUGUAGAUGAUCUUGUCACUCCACGCUUAUUUGAAACGUGGACGACAUACCUUGGGUUUCUUCAAGAGGUCGAACCGGAUGACAGUACCAGGGACGCCGUGGGACAACUAGUGAGCCUUAUCGAAAUCUGCCUGAACAAAUCUUGUUGGCCUGCGGACCCCGAAGAAUGCUGGACUAGAGAUGAGAGGAAACAAUUCAGUACUUGUCGGAAAGACAUCAUAGAUUUGUUUCAGACUGUAUACCUUGUGUGUGGGCCGGACCUUUUCCACUUAGUUGCGCGUCAAGCCAUGGAAUCUUGUGGUCAAAGCCAGUGGAUCACUCUGGAGGCUUCUUUGGUCGUCCUAAAUGGUCUGUCAGAGACAUCAGCUGUGUCUGAAGCAAGUAUACACAAGACUGUCUCAAUUGUCCUUAGUUCUCCGAUUUUCGAACCGAUUGAUAUUCGGUCACCAUGGUUCCGUCUUAGGGUCAAGCAAGAGCGACUCAACAUGAUUUUGAGCUACGCUGCCUUCUUUGAGAGUUAUGCCCAUAUGCUGCCGGCAUGCUUGAAGUUCGUAUUUCAAUGUUUGGAUGAUAUGCAAGUUGGCGGUCUGGCCGCUAAAUGCAUAUUGCGGUUGACUACACUAUAUCGCGACGAGAUGACAAACGACUUGGAGACCUUUUUGCGAGUCUGGAAAACUAUCUUUGAUAAUGAGGAAUAUGAUAGUGACGUCAAAGAAACAUUUACAAAUGCAAUCGCGGUCAUCAUACAAGCCCAACCCACAGAUAUCGCUAAAUUUUGGCCGCUCAAAGACAUUAUUAGUUUGAUCGAAUGCAGACUGAAUCUAGGAUUGGAUGACUUGCCUACGAAUCAUAUUCAGGGCAAAUUAAAGAUCUUGAACGCUUUACGCUGCGUGGUGCGGUUAGGUAAAGGCUUGCAGGCCCCUGACGAACUCUCAAUUGUGUCUUCGGAACCUUCAUUGAAUCCUCAAUUCUGGACCCAAGACGCGGGCAAGAGGUUACAAGAGGCCCUGCUUGGAAUUAUUGAGCUUGCAAUCAGGACUCUGCCUGACUCCAUCCUUGUCAUUGAAUCUAUAUGUGACAUUUUCCGUGCUGGCUAUCACGAAACUAUGCCAGGACUCUUCGUCUUUCCGCCCACAGCAACAGCAAAAUUUGUUCUUGCGACGAAUACGUACAUGCCGAGAUUGGAUUAUGUCUUUGAAACGGCAGGUAUGAUGCUGGGUACGCAGUCGGUGACAUCAGAUAUUAUUGUCCAGGAGAGUGCACAAAGCAUGUUAGAACAUGCAAAGAGAAUCGUCAUGGCUGCAGGUUAG